UUUUACAAGCGCCCAAAGUUAACAUGUAAAACUUUUGGGUCACAUGAUGCCAAGCCUGAAGACACAAACUGCAAGGUGCUGCCUCUUCUCAAGGAAACAACAAAGUUUAACAACAAUAUAGCGACUUCGUGCUCAGACUACAAAGGUACAGACUGUGCUGUAAAUUACACAUGUUGAAGUUAAAGCCGAAGUUUGACCUGCACAGAGAUGUGGAGUGUGAUAUCCUCAAAAAGGAGGCGUCGGUCUGCAGGGUGAAAGAAUACUCUGGAGCAGUGGACAUUCGUAUCCUGAACAUUGAGAAAGAUGGGGGCGUUCUUUAUUCCUGGAAGGGAGCUACAGGAACCACCAGAAUUGGGAAAUUUGACAGGAACACCAAGCAGAACAAGCUCCUGUACACAUUUGACGAGCAGGUGUGUGUCAGCAGCUGUUCCCUGAACAAGGAGGAGACACUGUUAGCUGUCAGCUUGGCCCAAAAUACCAGAGGAGAGGCGCGCCUUAGACCAAUAUCCAAGUGUCUAACCCUGCUGAUUGAGAUUUAUCCCAUCAAUAACACUAAAGUCCUCAAGGCUGUGGACUGCAGGGUCAAAGUACAGUUCAUUCAUUCAGAACCUGACAGGAGGUCAGUGCUGGAGAGUCACCUGCUGCUGCUGACUGAAGACGGAUAUGUAGACCUGUACCAUGUUCUGCUGACCAGACAGGAAGGUUAUAGAGUGGUGAUGGCGAAUCCUGAGCGUCUAUCUAAAACAGCAGAGAGAAUAGUAGAGGACUUCUGCUGGGUCCAGUGGGACGGGCACACGCAAAGACUCUACUAUCUCACACACAAGGACAAGUUCCUGCUGCGAUGUGUUCAGUUUUAUCCUAACCGUAACUGUGAAACUAUGUUGGAGCUCCCAUUAGAGCUGCCUGCUAAUCCUUUCCGCACAGUCAAGUUCGUUAACUUGGGUUUUGACCAUUAUCACACCGAGAGUCGUGAGAAGGAGCUCGUAAGAAUGGAAGUGUUCACAAACAGAAUAGGUAGCAUGUGUGUGUGCUGCAGCCAACCCCUUAAUGACCAACAGGAACUGAUCUACAAUGUGGUUUUAGUUCACAAAGAUUGCAGCAAGACAUUCAGAGUAACUUUGGCCGGUGACGAGUCGCCACAGAAAGACACAAAUCUGCAUCCACUCUUCAUCCCCAUAGGUUACUACAUCGUGGUGUAUCUGCAGGGUUAUUUUCUCCACUGUAUCAACACCAGGCAGCAGGAGAUGCUCUGUCACUCCCUCUUUCUCUCUGGUUAUGACACAGACUUGGGCAUCCAGUCUCAUUCAGCAAACAUCACAGUAUUGCAUGCAGAGGAGGAGUCCAGCACUGCUUUGUUGGACCUGGCCAGUGGGAAGAUCCACACUGCUGAGUUGAGCCCUGCCCACUUGCUGCGGAUACUGCGAUCAGACACACCCUCUAGGUGUCCCAGCAGUAAGACUGACCCUCAGCGCCUGGCCGCCCUUCACUGCCUGCUGGUUUACAUGGGAAAUGACCCAAACCUGGAGCUGAAGAUCAUCGAGUGGCUGUGUGACAAUGUGAACCCCUUCGAAUCCUUUGAUCAGAUCCAGGAGUUCAUUCUAGCCUCUUUGUACAGAAUAAGCUACAAGAAGGUGCUCAGCAUGGACAAAGUCCUGCCUUACUCCUCUGUAUUCAACAAGAAGGAGGUUCCAGCAUGUCUGUUGGAGGUCCCUGGCGUGUUGUGUACGACUGAGAUGCAUACUGAGUCUGUUUUCAAAGACAAGGCCAGUCUCCAGGGUUUCUGGUCAGAGCUGCAGUGGAACAUGGAUAGGACAAAAUAUCUGGAAGCUGUUCCCAACCCGAGAUACAGGACCUCCCACAUAGAGGCUGACUGGGAUAAACUGAGGUCCGAGAGGAGACCGUCCAGCCACAUGAAUCACUUGGAGGAGAACACAAAGAAAGUUCUAUCAAUGGUGGACACCUGGUGUCUUGAUAAGAAGCUGGUGCCACUUUUUCAAGAAGAGGACCGCCAACAGAGGGAGCUCAUAGGCCUGACAGUGGACAAGCUGCGAGAGCACCUCAACAGACACCUGCCUCGACUGGGGAAGAAGAAAAUUGACUCCCUGGUUGUCAACUACGUAGCCAAACUGCUGGAACUCAUCAGACACAUGCUGGAGUCAGUCUGGCUGAAGUACAAACUGGACCCUUGUGUUCUGUGCCUCACGCAGCAGGGCAGUCCGGCACAGUGGUCAGUGUUUCACUUCAUGUUUCGGAUCCUGGAAGCCACGAGGGGUCUCUGCCUGCCCCUCCCACCUGGCUAUCACACCCUGUUAGCAGUGUUUGCUGUGCGUUGCCUCCCUCAUCACACCUUCCUGCAGUACAUAGACCACGGUAUCCUGCAGCUCACUGAAACCUUUGUGUCUCGGCUCAUGACAGAUUUGGACAACAGUGAUGCCAAUGAGAAACUGAAGUUCAGCAUACUCAAGAGGCUCCCUGAGCCAAUGGAGCAGAGGAUCUACCAUAUGUGGGACCAUCCUGUCAGUUCAGCUUCAAUCUCCAGAGAUUAUGUUAAAAGUCUGCUUGAGAAACACAACAAAAACAAGGGCUUUGCAUUCACCAGCAGGGAUAAGCCAGGUUUCAGACCGGAGUUUCUGCCUCUUACCUAUCUGGCAAAAGUACUCUCUGAUAUAGAGGAACAAGCUCUGAACCCUUUCGAGGAGCAGGAGAACGUGGACGCCAGGUUUGUGGAGGAGACAGCUCUGAAACAGACACUCAUCCUGUUGGGCUUUGAGGAAAAAUGAAGAAUCAGGAGGAAGGCGGAGAGAGAGAGAGGAUGGAUGGACUGAGGCAGAAACAGAUGAGGGGGAAAAUGUGUUUGAGAGAACAGUCAUUGACUAGGCCUUGAGGACAAAUAACAGAUGGGUGGAUGACUGAGGGCGAGGAGUGAAAGAUGAACCUAAAGAUUGAAAGGCAGAGCGCUCAUAAACAAGCUCUCACUGUUUGAUGACAAAUCGGGGUGGGAGGAAGAAAUAGAUGGAUGGAGACAUCUAAAAAGAAAAGGUGGAGCAGAGCACCUUAUUUCAACUCAUUUAUAAACGGUACCAAAACUUUAAUACAAUAGGGAUCUUCAGUUAGUGGUCUAAUUCAUUUUAGGGAAAAAUACUUGUCAAAUUUUUAUUGAAAAUCAAUAACUGUAGCUAUUUACUGCAGCUAUUUAUAUUAACUCAAUUUCUGUAGCAGCAACAAUUCUCUCCCACGUCUCCCUUGCCGCAACUUCUCCACAUUCUCUCCUACAAUUUAUGAACAUUGGUGUUUUAUACCGCAAACAGUAUUUAUAAAUCAAACACCCUUGUUUAUCCUCCUGUGCUUUCUGUAACGCUGCACCCCAUCAACUUGAUUACAUGCUGACAAAAGCUUUGCCGACACAGUAGCUUGAUUCGCUUGCUUGGUGGCUGCUGUGCAUUAAAUCUAAUUUUGACUUUUUUAAAAGGGGGCUUCGGUAUAACUCAGUGGGACUAACUGUCACUUUUAAAAUGCCUGAUAUUGUAAACUGAACACACAGACGAACAGAUACACUGAUUAUUACUUCAUACCAAAUAUAAAUGAGAUUAUGUGAUGGGGUGGCAGGUGAGCAAGAAGGAUUUUCAAGAUUUGACAUCAUUUAGAUGUGGAUUAAGCAUAACUGAUUGCAAUUUAUUAUUAUGAAGAUGUCAUGUUGACGUUCCUAUGAGGGAAACUUGUUUAGUGUAUUUUUUUAUUAUAGUGCCCUAUACCCUACUUCGAGAUAUUCUUAUAAGUUUUAGCCAAGUUUGGUGAUCCAAAUAAUCCCUCAUGGCCAAUUUAAAAUGAGACUAAACUAAACUUGAUCUUAUACAUAAAAUGUGGCAAUCUUAAGCAAUAAGACCCAUUUUUGCUUUAUUCAAUACACUCAGGGGUUUUUCUGCUCUUUAUAAUGGUAUCACUACUGUAGGUCAACUCUUAUCUACUGUUGGUACUGUUACACUGUGUUUUUAGCAUUUUAGCAUUUAGCAUUUAGCAUUAUCCUGUAAGUGUCACUAGUGGUCAGCUAUAAAUAAUGAAAAAGACAGCAGACUUUAAUGUUUAUAUAGAAACAAACUGUCUACAUAAUGCUGUAUAAAGCAUCAAACCAAACAAGACAGUACAGGGUUAAUGAUAU